AUGAUGCGCCGAACUUUCAUUUGCAUUUCUGUGAAUAAAAUCCCUUUUGUGUUGUGCGGCUCGCGCUACGCACCACUAUUGAAUCAAAUGGGGGCGCAGGGGAGAGACAUCAAGAGAGAAUUUCUUCAGGCUUCGCUCUUUUUACCUAUCGUUGGUGUUGAGGAGGAUUCUUUGGCGCUCUCCAAGGUGGGGAUGCGUAAAAGACAGAAAAAGAAGGCAUUUGACGCUCUUGUUCACUGGUGUGCCACACACCAACAAUCUGCUGCGAAAGCGUUCUUAUUGGAGGAUGCUUCAGACAAGACGGUGCCUUCUGUGUGUUCCUCGCCCUCUCUGGAGUCUAAUAAAGCCGCUUUACAGUGGCUACAGGAGUCUUCAGACAGUCUCACUUGCGGGCAAUCUCUUCUUGUGUGCGGCUUUGUGUCUGAGGUGCUUCUUUGUCGCUUGGACGCCGCUGCUGCAGCCGGACAACGAGGGGAAGGAACCGUAACGGUAACGAACCCGUUGCUUCAGGAGCAAGUAAGAGCGUUCACAAACAGGAUAGUGACGUUGCUUCGGCGUGCCAUUGAAAGCGACAAGUUGGAGAUGCAGCCCCUUGCUAUUCUCAUGGGUUGCGCUUACGGCCUGCAUCGUCUUUCAUAUGUGGAAAGUCCAUUUCUUGGCGAGGCUGAGAAGGUGUUGUUAAAAAUACCCCCGGCACUAAUGUUUGCCAUUUUACGUCAAUUGCGUGGCGAUGAGUUAAGGAAACUUUUUCAACUGGAGGAGCAGGUCGCUGUAAAUGUUUGCUUGACAUUUUUGCUUCUCGCGAAUGAAGAGCGCCGUCAGGCGUUUCUUUCUGGAGGCGACACGGUGAUUGUGAACGCUGUUCUGCGCCGUCUUCUGCGAAGCAUCGUCCCAUUACUGAAGCAAUUGGAUGAGACGAAUGAGGAGUCUCUCUUGGGUCUUGCAAACGAUGUCUCCUCGAAGGGUUCCUCGUCGUCGCCAUCCGAUUUGCAAGGAGAGGUUGCCUAUUCCCCGUCCAUGGAAGAAUGUGCGGUUAUUAUGCAAAACAUUGCCUUUAGUUCCAUGACUUCUCGUCUGGAGAUGUUGUCGUAUCUGUUACGCAUACGGAGGAAACCCGCGCAUUACACUCGGCACGAACUGCAGAUGCUUCCUGUUUUGCUACAGACAGCGUCAAAUAUCCGCACGGCAGAGGCGCGGUCGCUCUGUACGAAGAUUAUCGCUGAGGUCCCGAUUCCGGCUGACGACCCCGUACUUGUGGCACAUCUUCUUAGUUUCGCUUCCUCCAAUAGGGUCCGUUAUCUUAACUGCUUGGAAACCGUAGCGACGGAAAAUCUUUCAGAAGAAGAUGCGCUGCACAUCAUUUUUUGGGCUGGUGCACACCUUCGGUUGGAGACCCUUCAACGCCUUACUGCAUUCAUCUUGGGUAAAGAAACAGGUGCCAAAUCAUCUUCAACAUCCAGUUCAAAGCUUGUAUUGAAUGGGGCAAUAGAAUGCAUUGUGAGAACAUUCUUGACCCGAUUGAUGGGCUCGACUCCGGGUGCUGAAAGAGAUGUGAUCCAGAAUUAUCUGACGGAGCUGGUGGAUCGUGUGAAUUGGGCCGGAAGCACCCUGCCCGCUUCAGUCAAGUUGGCGCUGGAACGUCUAACGUUAUUAAAGGAACUCUCGAAUUGUGGAUUUUCCAUACAUGCUCCAGAAGUGGUGAUGACAUUGGGGGAAAAAGCAUUGGAUCUUGAAUCCGGUUGCAGCAUGGCCAGCACACUUAAAUGUGUCACAGAGGCAUUACCGUUGUUGCCUGACGUUGAACGACGCCGAAAAUUGGUCGAGUGCAUGAUUUCUUACAGUGGUACUCGAUCGACGUCCUCCAUAAUACGUUUUGUGGCGUUUCUAGCGCCCCUGUCUGUUGCACACGGGUUGAGCAAUAGUGAGCUGGUUCAGCUGCUCCUUAAACUGCAAACGCUGAAUCCUCUCAAGUUGCGUCAGAAUUUUAUUGAGGGGUUGCCGAGGGGUGGCGAUGACGCGUUCACGCUGUUUGUGAUUAACGCAAUGAAUUACCUCUUGGCGAGUGGGGAGUGGCGCACGUCGACGGACCGCAUCCGUGAGACGGUGACACCGUGGAUCCACGAAUACCUCAAUCACGUGAUGAAUCUUUCCCGAAGACAGAAGAUGAAAAGCGAAUUAAUCCACGUUGAGUGCAAAGAAGAGAACUCGGCCCUCCAUGAAGGGGAUGUGGAGGCAACUGUCCCCGACGGUCCAACUCCGGAACGUCUUGAGGAGGUGUUUUCUUGUUUGUUACGUGCAGGCGUAAAGUUACCCGAUUUUUUUGCGCCGGAGUUGACUGCUCGCGUGCGAACUACAGAGGAUGAAGGGACACCGCCGUCUGGUGAGACAGGGCGCAAGCCACACUUUCCUCCGCCAGGGCACUUUGUUUUUUGCACCAAACUUGAUAUUGCCAUGGAGUCGCCCCUUUCCGUGGAACUCUUGGAGUAUCUUCUCACAACGUGUGACUGUCGUAUUUUGAACUUUGUCAUUACGGCAUUUCUUGUGAGUGCCAAGGCCAAAUCCCUGGAGUCGCAAUUAAUUGUACUGACAAAUCUGCGACUUGUUUGCCGGGCACUUAAUUUGCUUUUGCAACGUAUCGAUGAGAUAGGUUACGAGUUGUCGACGGCUUUUUACCCUUCUUCCGUAUCGUCUGUGGUGGCGAACACCGUGCGCUUUGUUGUGGGAUUUCUUACCAAACAAGAGCGAAACCAGCGGACGAUAGAAUCUCUUCGCAAAUUGCACUCGGAAGAAGAAAAAGAGUCGAUGGCGGAUAACGAUGGGAAACUUCUUAUUGAAGUGACACAUGUUGAGAAUUUGUUAUUGCGUCUCUUGACGUACCUGUCUUCUGCGCACACGAAAGAUAUCGGUUUGCUUUUAUUGGACCGUUUGACUUUAUUAGCCCCCGCCGCCGCCGAUUAUCUUAUGUUGCGCCUUCAAAAUCAGUUGGGGAAGUUUACGCAGGUGGAACUCUUUUAUCUUGUACGGAAGUAUCCGCCGGCGCAGGAUCUUGUAAUGAAUGAGCUUCAAAAAUACGACAUCGCUCUCUCCGUGGAUCUUAAUGAUUUUGUGCGUGUGGCGCGGAGCCUGCCCGUGGCAGUGAACACGAUGGUGAUUGAGGCACACCUGCCAAACCUGAAUUUCCAAUGGUGCACGCGGCUUUUGUCCGCACUUGCCGUGCGACAUGAGUCUCUUCCCAUGAACCUGCUGGUAUCCAUGCUGGGCAAACUUGAAGAGGAGGCUGGGAAUGCGACAGUUAUGGACCGCAAUGUUGCACUUGUUGUGCUUCAAAAGUACCUGCACUAUGAAAAUUUUCCGACAGACGAUAAGGAGCUUCCACACCGACGACGUCGUGUUGAGCAGUGCUGUGACCGUCUUCUGGUGCUGGAAGAGAUUGAAUCUCUUGACUCCCUUUCCGGAUUUUUAUUGGAUUUUCCAGGCGUUCUUCUUGACGUGGUCGGGGACGCCAUCAAGGAGCGUGUUUUUUCCGCGGUGCUACCAGGGCUGUUGGCAGAUCUGGACGGCCUUCUCACGCUUUGCCGUCUCCUUCAAAAGCACAAAUUGUUGAAUGAUAAGAUGAAGCUGGAGAUUACGGAGAGUUUCUUUGGAAAAUUGUCGCGAGCGGAGAAUAAUGAUGAGAAGUUGUUGUCUUCACCGGUAUCAUAUCCGCUGGGAAACGUGUUGGCCUUGGCCUUAUUGUUGAGUGAGGGCGCAUCUCAAAAAGCCUCACUAUGCAGUAAGGAAGGACUAGGAACAGAUGGAGCGAUCCAUCAUCAGAUUGCACCUCGUGUUUUGCAGGUUGUGAGAGAGCGGUACUCAUCGUUGCCAGAACGGUUGGUGAUUUUAAGCACAUUGGUGGAACAGAAAGACAUGGCUGGAUUUGCACAUACGCAUGCGGUGGUUGCAGAAGAAGUGUGCACUGAAUUAAUUAAGGAAUGUGACAAGAUGACAUCCAGUGAGUUUUCGAGACUUCUACAAUGCAUUAGCCGACUGAAAUUUUGGCAUCUUAAAAAACUGGAUAACUCACAAUUUGGUAACUUUUUCA